GAGGGCGCGGCGUUGGGUUGUAAAACAGGCGUGGCCCGCGUUGCCCAAGAAGAGGCUUCCUGUCCGGACUCCAGAGCGGGGCUCCUACCAGGCUUUGGUUUCAGUCUGGGAUCUUCAGUGGGAGUUUGCUGCCUUGGAGGAGCCGGAUCCCAUGGAGAUCUCAAGGAGAGGAAGGAGCUGAAAACAGGCACAGAAUUUUCAAAGCAACUUCUGCGUCCUUUGCCCUAAGUUGGUGAAACUUCGCAGGUUCUCUCCAGGCUUCGGUUGGUUACCGUUCCAUAAAAGAUGCACUACUACCGGUAUUCUUCUGCUGAAAUCAGCUGUUGGUACAAGUACCUGCUCUUUAGUUACAACAUAGUAUUCUGGUUAGCUGGAGUUGCCUUCCUAGGAGCUGGUCUUUGGGCCUGGAGUGAAAAGGGUGUGUUGUCAGAUUUAUCCAAAAUGACACGACUCCAUGGUUUUGAUCCGGUGGUCCUUAUCUUGUUUGUUGGCGGGAUAAUGUUCAUUCUAGGAUUUGCUGGCUGUGUAGGAGCCCUACGGGAGAACAUCUGCCUUCUGAAAUUUUUCUGUGGCACAAUUGUACUAAUUUUCCUCAUGGAGUUGGCGGUGGCUGUUCUGGCAUUCCUGUUCCAAGACUGGGUGAGGGACCGAGUGGAGACAUUUUUCAAGAACAAUAUUAGGUCUUACCGAGACGACAUUGACCUGCAGAACCUCAUAGAUUCCUUGCAGAAAAUAAAUCAGUGUUGUGGUGCCCAGGAUCCAAAUGAUUGGAACCUUAAUAUUUACUUCAACUGCAGCAGUUCAAGCAAAAGUCGAGAGAGAUGUGGAGUCCCCUUUUCCUGUUGCAUCCAAGAUCCUGCACAAAAUGUUUUGAACACACAAUGUGGCUAUGAUGUCAGAAAUAUGUCGGUAUCUUUAUGGGAUGAAAGAAUCUACACCAAAGGUUGCAUCCCUGCACUGGAAGCUUGGUUGCCCCGGAAUAUUUACAUUGUGGCAGGAGUCUUUGUGGCAAUUUCUUUAUUGCAGAUAUUCGGGAUUUUCCUGGCGAGGACGCUGAUUUCUGAUAUUGAAGCUGUGAAGGCAGGCUUCCGAUUCUGAAGAUAAAAACAGAGAUUGACUGUGAAGAUAAGCUGAAUCCCAUGGCUCUUCAUUGUCAUCACAGCAAAAAAGAGAGGAAAGGAAAUGAAACUUGAAAUCUAGAAAUAGCUUGAAACAUCUAGAGCUGAAAGCCAUAAUAUUUCCUUUUAAAACAAUGUGUAGCUGGAUACCAUACUGCUUAGCUAGAAGCAAGAACCAGGGAAUCUUGUACCUCUUCCAUCCACCUCAUGAAUUGUUUCAUAACUUUAAUCUUUUGAAGGGAACAUAUGUAUUUCUUGCCUUUUGUAUCCAGAGGGAAGAUUCAAAAGGGGCAGCAGUGGACAUUGCUAGAAAUUUCUGCCCCAAAAUAAGUACUGUCUUAGUUCUCCUUUUACAGUAGUGAUAUCUUAUAAUUGUUGCAUUUCCAGUGUUGAUCAAUGCCUAGAAGAAAGUCCCACGAUGCCAGAUGUUUACAUCCUGGGGUCAGGCAUGGUAUAUGUGAAAGAUCUUUAAUAGUUGAAAUACUUGUUCAGGGAAUAUUGUGCCUCUUGGCAAACUGAAGUAUUCACUGUGCGAGAUUUUUAAAUGAGAGCCAUAUUUAUACAGAUGUUAGAACUAGGGUGGGGCUGGCUCCUAAAGUUACCUAAAGUCUUAAUAGGAGCCCUCGCCUUUGUGAAAAAAGCGAGCUUCUUUUAUUUUGACCAGAUCUAAUGUAUCCAUUUCAGAUGUUAGGGAUCAGAAGAGAAUCCUGGAGAUUUUUCAAAAGGACAUUCGUUGUACUGAAAAUCCUCACCUAUGUGGAUUUAUGAAGUAGUAGUGAUGUGUAGACUCAGAAGCAUUGGUCCACAGACCUUUUUGGAAAACUCAAAGACUGGAUGCUCCUAUACUGCCUUUCAGACAUUUGUGGUAUGGCAUUAUUUAUAGAUGUUUGAACAAAAAAAAUCUUCUCUUAUGAUUUUUCUAAUACUGUUUGAUAUAAUACUUAUAAAACCAUUUAUCUGCUGGACUGAUAAGUUGCUUGUUUUGAUAGUUCUAUGGAAGUGUAUCAGAAAUUUCCAGAAUUCCAUUUCCAUUCCUGUUCUCUCGUUUUCAUGAUAGUAUCUGAACCAAUUUAAGAAGCUUUUAAACUUGGGACGGACAGCUUUUGGGGAUUGAGGAGCUAUUAAGCUCCUCUGGCUCUACUGAGUGCAGUACUCCACUGUGUUGCCACAUAUUACCAGAUUGUAUUAGUACCAACAAGAAAGUAGUGACCCCUGCCCCUUGGUGGCAAAAUAUGGCAAUUUCUCCUUUAAUACAAGCACAAAGGAGCACAUAGGGACCACCAAAUGCAGCGCCCAAACAAGAGUCAAAGAACAUGAAAGGCACUGCAGACUAAUUCAACCAGAGAAAUCAGCCAUAGCAGAGCAUUUGAUGAACCAGCCUGGACACAGGAUAUUAUUUGAGAACACAAAAAUGCUGGACCAUUCCAACAACUAUCAUGUCAGACUACACAGAGAAGCCAUUGAAAUCCACAAGCAUGUGGACAAUUUCAACAGAAAGGAAGAAACCAUGAAAAUGAACAAAAUCUGGCUCCCAGUAUUACAAAAAACUCCAAAAUCAAAACAGUAGAUGGGAACCAACACUUUGAGGGCUUGACUGAACAAAGGAUGCCCCCAGGCAAGAGACAAAACAUUUCCAAUGCUAAUUAGGGUGAUUAACUGAAACAUUAAUGCUGGCUCCCAGUGACAAAGGACUCUUGCCACACCCUGGACUCUACACAGAUAUAUAUUCUUUCCUUUCCUUACUUAGUUUAUCCAUACCUCACAACCUCUGAGGAUGCCUGCCAUAGAUGUGGGCGAAACGUCAGGAGAGAAUACUUCUUGAACAUGGCCACACAGCCCGAAAGACAUACAACAACCCAACAAAGGAGCUCUUGUUUACAAACCUUAUCACAGUUCCACAAAGCCUUCCUUACUUUAAAGGCAAAUUGCUGUUUUGGGCAAUAAGGAUGUCGCUAGAAUUCAGUAUCAACGAGCAAAUUUGCUGGCAAAGGGUUUGGAGGAUCCCGCCAAAAAGGAAAGGAGAGGCAGGUACUUCUUGCUUAUUGACUCCUCCAGCUUUAAGCCUCACAAAGGAAAUUUGUCUGUUCUGUAUAUGCUAAAGUCCCCCCACAUAUAUGAAAGUUAAGGGGGCCAUGUAAAAGUUCAGUGGUAUUCACAACCUCUGAGGAUACCUGCAUAGAUGUGGGCGAAACAUCAGGAGAGAAUACUUCUGGAACAUGGCCAUACAGCCCGAAAAACAUACAACAACCCCACAAUGUAAUUUACUUCUGAGUAGAGACACAGGAUUGCACUGCAGUGAAAGCACUUUGAAUCUCUUAAAUGUAAUGGGUUUCUAAAUGUGCUUAACUCUGGCUAUGGUGUCACUGUUUUUCAUAUUGCUUUUUUUUUCAGGGACUUUGGGCUUUCCUACUGUCUAAAUACACAUUUAAAAGUUUGUAUUUGUAUACUUUUGUAUCUUUUUGUAAAUAGAACAAGCAGUAAGAACAAAAAAAAUAUGUAUGUGUGCUUCUCUUGUUUAAAAGACAGCAUUUCUCUGCCAGAAAUGUUAUGCUAUCUUGUUUUAUAGAAAACUAUUUUUGAAAACUAAAGUUACUUCCAGAAUUUAUAAGCCUUUGUUUAUGGACCGAUGAAAAUUGAGCCUGCAUUGAAUUUUUUAAAUUUAAAGACAA